UUGAAGCCCCGACAUCCCAAUCUAAUUUCAUUGGACUAAACAGCUUCUCCAGGGCUAUUUUAGCUUUCUAGUCAUCCGGGUACCUGCCAAGCCUUACCUGCGUCACAAGUUAACAACUUAACAACAAUCCUGAGGGACGUGCUCUACCGGCUACAUAGGUACAUAGGUACAUACUACCAUAUCUUAUCGAUAAGGAAUCUUCAGACUUUUUCAGUACUUCGUACCGCCAAAGUACCUAGUACCGUCGAUGAAGGAGCGCCAAUCUAUUGAAAUCAUUAAAAUAAAAAGAAAUAAAAUAAAAUCUAUGUCGAACAUCACCGGGACCACAUGUCUACGCAUGUUAGGCAUUCUCAAAUCCGAGCUGCCCAUAGGGUCAUCUCUACCCAAUGGAAGGCCCGCAUCCUACAGCGCCGCUACUUUCAACUAAAUUCGAAUGGCUCUUCGACCGGAAACGAAAUACCCAUCAAAGGUGACGAUGCGCAUGCGAUCCGUCUAGCAGUCAAGGACAAUAUUGCUGCCGCAGGCUUUCCGACCACAUGCGCAUCCAACAUCCUCGCCGGCAACCAUAUCCCCUUCGAUGCUACCAUCGUCAGUCAACUGACGCAGCGGGGCGCCGUGGUAACGGAGAAGACGGGCAUGGAUGAGUUCGGCAUGGGCACCCACUCCACCACUUCCGCAUUCGGUCCCGUUCAUAAUGUAUGCGGACUAGAAAAAUACUCUGCGGGAGGGAGUUCAGGAGGCAGCGCAGUCGCCAUCAGGAAAGGAGAAGCCGAACUAGCGUUGGGCACCGAUACGGGAGGAUCUGUCCGCAUGCCCGCCGCCUACACCGGCACCGUAGGGUUUAAGCCGUCAUACGGCAUGCUAUCCCGCUGGGGUGUGGUCCCUUACGCAAACUCGCUAGAUACAGUCGGCCUACUUGCCAAGACGGUGGCACCUAUCGGCGAGGCCAUCGUAGGACAAGGUCUAUACCUAGAGCACGAUCCUAAUGAUCCCACUUCUCUCCCUUCUCACGUCCGUGGGCGAUGUACCGCCGAGAGGCAGGGGUAUGAUUCGUGGAAGCCAACGCAAGAGCAUUCUAUACGGGGGGUGACCUUUGGAAUUCCCACAGAGUACAAUAUCGAAGAACUCGACGCACGUAUACGGCAAGGAUGGCUGACAGCAGCCCAGAAGAUUGAAGAGCUGGGCGGACGCGUGGUCCCCGUUUCACUACCCUCCACGAAAAAUGCCCUGUCGGCAUAUUACGUGAUCGCUCCCGCCGAGGCUGCAUCCAACCUCUCCAAGUACGACGGCGUACGCUAUGGGCAGCGCAAUGCCGAGCAAAUCAGCGAUUCUUUCGAAGGCAUCUUGUACGCGAAGACGAGAGAAACUGGUUUUGGAAACGAAGUGAAACGUCGUAUUCUACUAGGCUCGUACACCCUCAGCUCCGAGGCUAUGGACAACUACUUUAUACAAGCUCAGAAAGUCCGCCGACUCGUCAAGAGGGACUUCGACCGCGUCUUUAAGUUAUCGAAUCCGCUCGAAGACCAGCAAGCUUUCGAUCUAAGCGACAUGGAGGAUACGGUACAACUAGAGAACAAACUAGGCCCCGUACAGGUCGAUUUUCUCCUCUGUCCCACCGCACCGACGACCCCCCCUUUGCUUGAGGACGUUAUGAAACAGACGCCUCUAGAUUCCUAUAUGAAUGAUGUCUUCACCGUUCCGGCUAGUCUAGCCGGACUUCCCGCGAUCAGUAUCCCGAUGGACAUUCCUAUCGAUCCAACAAAGGACGAGGAAAGACUGCUAAGUUUUGGAGGCUUGCAGAUUAUCGGACAAUACUGGGAUGAUGCGCGACUCCUUUCUGUGGCUGAUGCAUUAUCCCCUCAUAUUUCGCAGCAGACAUUUUCAGAUAUAUAGUCCUUAUGAAAUGGUCUUCAGCGGCUAGAACUGGGAAGCCCGUGCUAAGAAGGCAUGUAGUUAGAGGGAAUGUGGGAUGAAUACCCUCAGCCAUAAGCAGAAUAUUAUUUUGACUCUUACCAUGCC